CAACCCCGUAAGCGCUGUCGUCAGAAGAAUUCAAACGAUUCCUUUUUAUGCGAGACGUGUGUCACAUGAUUUCACCUGAAGCCAAGCAACCGCCUAAACCCGAGUUCCAGUUCCAUAACUUUACCUGACCAUACCUGAAGCAAGUCGUCACCUCAGACAACAGCUGCCGUCGAAAUAUCCUCACCUUAUCCCUUCACCAUCACCACAACCGCAACUCCCAAACCAAUCUACGAGCCACCCUCCUGUACACAAAUAAACAAAAGAACAACACCCUCUCGCUUAUCACGAGCUCUAGCACCUAGCCCACCGCCACACCACAACAACCACCACAACAACCACAUACCAACCGUCUACCUAUCCGCGAUGGCGUCCUCAGAAGGCGGAGCUCCUAAGCCCAGCAGCAGCGUCAAGCUCGUGCUUCUCGGAGAAGCUGCCGUCGGAAAGUCCUCGCUGGUUCUGCGGUUCGUCAACGAUGACUUCCAAGAGAAUAAGGAGCCCACGAUUGGCGCCGCGUUCUUGACACAAAAAUGUAGCCUGCCAACCCGCACCAUCAAGUUUGAAAUCUGGGAUACCGCUGGUCAGGAACGUUUCGCCUCAUUGGCACCGAUGUACUACCGCAACGCGCAGAGCGCCCUGGUAGUCUACGACAUCACAAAGCCGUCCUCCUUGACGAAGGCGAAGCACUGGGUGGCAGAGCUUCAGCGCCAGGCCAGCCCCGGCAUCGUGAUCGCGCUCGUGGGAAACAAGUUGGAUCUCGCGGGUGCCGUGCAGGACUCCAACGAGGAGGACGACGCUGAGGACCAACGCGCGAUCUCUACCGCAGAGGCGAAGGCGUAUGCCGAGGAGGAGAGCCUGCUGUUUUACGAGACCUCCGCCAAAUCCGGAGAGAAUGUUCAGGCUGUCUUCGAGGCGAUUGCUAAUGCUAUUCCCGAGAGCACGUUGAAGCCUAGAGGACCGGGACACGGUGGUGCUGCGAGGGGUGGCGAGGCGGCGCCAGUCGUCAACAUUGAGGGCGCGCAUACAGGAGCAAAGGAGGGUUGUGCUUGUUAGCUGGGGAUUCGGGUGUCUAUGCCCAGUGCGAACAACGUACGAAUCUUUCAUUCUUCUUUAUGUAUGUCUCUGAUUGCACCUCGUAAAAUCGAGUUGCUCGUAAAUGGGUUGGCGCGGAGGGGUUAACUCGGGUUUCUUUUCCUUUGCUAUUUUGAUAGGUUGUGUUCUUCCCUCCCUUCUUCUCGUCCUAUGUGUUUUUUAAACUCACCCCCUGUUGUUUCUGUAUGUUGUGCUGUAUUUGCGGAAUUGAAAUGGUCAUAUCUGUAGGUACUCUACGUCUCUCCCAGCGGUGCAUGCAGUCAGCCGCGGGGCCGUUUGAUCGCCGCCACCGCCUCGCUCGCCUCAAGCUUCCGUGACGUCACCACGUCAUGUCCACAACCUUCACCUACAACCUUCAUUCAAAACUUCUCCCUCCCCAACGUAAAAACUAUGUGAACCCGCCAUCUGUCUCCUCCCCUCCCCCCCCCCCCCCCCCC